AGCAUCACUGUCAGACUGGGAGGAGGUCCUUACCCUCUUCUCCUCCUCCCCCCCACCCCUGACACACAUCCACACACGCCGCUCCAAACAAACCACUGGGUACCUCGCUGGAGGCUGCAGGCGUUUCAGGCUUGAAAUAAUCUAAUGGUGCACAAAAGGCGUUUCUACGUGCGUGCGCGUCGCUUCACUUUCCGAACGAGGGAGAGGGAAGAAGAGGGAAAGAGAGAGAGGGAAGGCGGAGGGAGUAAACGUGAGUGAAAGUGUUGUCAGCCAUUUUUGUCUUUUUUUUUUUUUCACGUUUUUCUGCUUUCUUAUCGGCGCGCUGCUGCUCCCCGACUGGAGACGUGACAGCCAAAAAGAAGCAGGCUGUUUAUCACUUGGAUAAAAAAAAGGAUCUUUUUUUUAUCCCUAUCCAUCUUCCUCUGUAUGGUUUUCAUGAUCCAGCUGGAAUAAACGCAGGAGGCGUCGCUGCUUUGGAAAGCCGGAUCGGGCCGAGAACAGCGGAUACUCCCAAAACUAUCAAGCAGAGACGGUGCAGCUGAGGGAGAAGGGGGGGGGCAGGUUGCUGAAGAUGAGGGGAAAUCAGGUCUGGGAUGUUAGCUGUUAGCCCGGUGAACAUUUUUUCAUUAUGAAACCAUUAGCAGCAUCAGACAGCAAUGGAGUCCCGAGCCAGCAAGAUAAAACCCCGCUCCCUGCAGACUUCAGCAGACUACACCUGGCCGACGGCUUACACCCACAGGUGACCCACGUCUCAUCCAGCCACUCAGGAUGUAGUAUCACCAGUGACUCUGGAAGCAGCAGCCUGUCAGACAUUUACCAGGCCACAGAGAACGAGCCAGGCGACAUGGACCUGAGCGGCCUGCCCGAGACCGCCGUGGACUCCGAGGAGGACGAUGACGAGGAGGACAUCGAACGAGCCUCCGACCCCCUGAUGAGCCGGGACAUCGUUCGGGACUGCCUGGAGAAGGACCCCAUGGACCGGACGGAUGAUGACAUAGAGCAAUUACUGGAGUUCAUGCAUCAGCUGCCAGCGUUCGCUAACAUGACCAUGUCGGUGAGGAGGGAGCUGUGCGCGGUCAUGGUGUUCGCCGUGGUGGAGCGAGCUGGCACCAUCGUUCUCAAUGAUGGAGAAGAGCUGGACUCGUGGUCGGUGAUCCUGAACGGCUCGGUGGAGGUGACCUACCCUGACAGCCGGACAGAGAUGCUGUGCAUGGGGAACAGCUUCGGUGUGUCUCCAACCAUGGAGAAGGAAUUUAUGAAAGGCGUCAUGAGGACCAAGGUGGACGACUGCCAGUUUGUAUGCAUAGCCCAGCAGGACUACUGCUGCAUCCUCAACCAGGUGGAGAAGAACAUGCAGAAGGUUGAGGAGGAAGGAGAGAUCGUCAUGGUGAAGGAACACCGUGAACUGGAUCGUACCGGCACCAGGAAAGGACAUAUUGUCAUCAAGGGCACGCCUGAGCGUCUCACCAUGCACCUGGUGGAGGAGCACUCAGUGGUGGAUCCUACCUACAUCGAGGACUUCCUGUUGACCUACAGGACCUUCCUCUCCAGCCCCAUGGUCGUGGGAAAGAAGCUCCUGGAGUGGUUUCACGACCCAAGUCUCAGGGACAAGGUUACACGGGUAGUCUUGCUGUGGGUAAACAAUCACUUUAAUGACUUCGAGGGAGACCCUGCCAUGACCCACUUUCUGGAGGAGUUUGAGAGCAAUCUGGAGAAGGAGAAAAUGUGCGGGCACCUCAGACUGUUAAACAUAGCGUGUGCUGCUAAAGCCAAGCCACGGCUGGUGACGCUGACCAAGCCGUCCAGAGACUCUCCUCUGGCCUUCACCCUCCUCGGAGGUCAAGAGAAAGGUUUCUGCAUCUUCAUUGAUGCCGUGGAGCCAGGGAGCAAGGCAGCAGAGGCCGGACUCAAGCGUGGAGAUCAGAUCUUGGAGGUAAAUGGACAGAAUUUUGAGACUGUCCAGUUCAGCAAAGCCAAUGAGAUUUUAAAGAACAACACCCACUUAUCCAUAACUGUGAAAACAAAUCUUUUAGUGUUUAAGGAGCUGAUAACACGGCCAGAACACGAGCAUGAGUUGGACGGGGACGAGGAACACGACAGGAAGAACGGUGCGCCUCACCUACCAAAAAUCGGGGACAUUAAGAAGGGGAGCCGUUACUCCAUACCGGACCUGGCGGUGGACGUGGAGCAGGUCAUGGGGCUGGAGAAAGCCAGCAAAAAGGCCAAGAGCAACUCAGUGGGAGGCCGCAACAAGCUGAAGAAAAUCUUUGAUAAGACACUCACCAGCAUCCUGCCCCCCAAACCGUACAACGACGUUUGUGUAGGCCAAUCACAGGAUGACAGCAUAGUGGGGAUGAAGCCGUCCAAGCAGAUCCCACCAGCUCUGCCGGUCAGUGGGAACCUGUCGUCGUCGAACCCGGACCUCCUGCAGUCACACCACCGCAUCCUCGACUUCAACAACCAGCCUGUACCAGUCGUCCCGAAUAUGUCAGACCAAGUGCUGCGAGUAUUCAAGGCGGACCAGCAGUCUCGGUAUAUCAUGAUUGGGAAGGACACAACGGCUAAAGAGGUGGUGGCCCAGGCUAUCAGGGAGUUUGCUCUGACUGCCACGCCGGAGGCUUAUUCACUGUGUGAAGUGUCUGUCACACCUGAGGGCGUCAUUAAGCAGAGGCGCUUACCAGACCAGCUUUCCAAACUAGCUGACAGGAUUCAGCUAAGUGGCAGAUACUACUUGAAGAGCAACAUGGAGACGGAGACAUUGUGCUCUGAUGAAGACGCGCAGGACCUCCUACGAGAAGGCCAGAUCGCUCUGCUGCAGCUCAGCACGGUGGAGGUGGCCACCCAGCUCUCCAUGAGAGCCUUCGAACUUUUCUGUGCCAUCGAGCCCACCGAAUACAUCGACGACUUGUUCAAGCUGCGCUCCAAGACGGGCUCGGUCAGCCUCAAGCGCUUCGAGGAGUCCAUCAACCAUGAGACCUUCUGGGUGGCAACCGAGGUGGUACGGGAACCCAACCAGCUCAAGCGCAUGAAGAUCAUAAAGCAUUUCAUCAAGAUUGCUCUACAUUGUCGAGAGUGCAAGAACUUCAACUCUAUGUUUGCCAUCAUCAGUGGCUUGAACUUGGCUCCGGUUUCCAGACUAAGGGGAACAUGGGAAAAAUUACCAAGCAAAUAUGAGAAAUUGUUUGGGGACUUGCAGGAUCUCUUCGACCCCUCGAGAAAUAUGGCCAAGUACAGGAAUGUUCUCAACAAUCAGAACCUUCAGCCACCAAUCAUUCCCCUGUUCCCAGUUAUCAAGAAGGACCUCACCUUCCUACACGAAGGCAAUGACUCCAAAGUGGACGGUUUGGUGAACUUUGAGAAGCUUAGGAUGAUUGCCAAAGAAAUCCGUCAUGUCGGCCGCAUGGCGUCUGUCAACAUGGACCCUGCUCUCAUGUUCCGAACCAGGAAGAAGAAAUGGAGAAGUUUAGGGUCUUUAAGUCAGGGCAGCGCCAAUGCAGCCGUGCUCGACGUCAGCCAGACAGGUGGCCACAAGAAGCGGGUUCGACGCAGCUCCUUCCUGAACGCCAAAAAGCUCUACGAAGACGCCCAGAUGGCCAGGAAGGUCAAGCAGUACCUGUCCAACCUCAGUCUGGAAACCAACGAGGAGAGCCUGCAGACAUUUUCUCUACAGUGUGAACCCUCCAUCAGCACAUUGCCCAAGAAUGCUGGUGGGAAGCGACCCGACACUUCCCCAGUGGUGUCCAGAGCAGCCAGUCAGCAGCGGGGCCAGUUAGCCAAAGGAAACCAGGUCCUGCAAGUUCCCACUGUGGCGCUCUACCCGUCCCGGAAAAGAGUGCCAGUCAAGGAUCUGCCACCUUUUGGCACCAGUUCGCCCCAGUCCCUGAAGAAGAUCCUGUCUCUGUCUGAGGAGGGGAACGAAAGGCACCGGAGGCAGCCAGAGGACACCAUGUCCAACGCCUCCUCCCAGCUCUCCUCUCCGCCCACCUCCCCCCAGAGCUCACCAAAGAAGGGUUAUGGCAGGUCGGGUGACGCCUACUCGGACUCUGGCCACAGCGAGAUCUCGUCCCGCUCCAGCCUGGUCAGUAACUCGUCCUUCGACAUGGCGCAGGAGGAGCGGAGACUGCGUCACUCUGGAGGAGCUGGCGAAUCCCACAUGGGGGGGCCUCGGCUGGAGAGAAGAGCCACGACCGACCCUGAUCAGUACAGUCUGGGGUCCUACUCUUCGAUGCAGGACUGUCGGGGUAUUUACGCCGGCUGCCCCACCGUCCUCUCCUCGCCCAGCUCAGAGGAACUGACUCAGGAUCAGGGAGAUCGCGUGUCUCUGGACGCUGCAGACAGCGGCCGCGGCUCCUGGACUUCCUGUUCCUCUGGCUCCCAUGACAACAUUCAGAACAUGCAGCAGGGCCGCAGCUGGGAGCUCGGCAUUGGAGGGCUGUCCUCGGCAUCGGAGGCGUUGUUAGGGGGUCCGGCGGCGCUUUGGGCGGCGCAGGCCAGGGGCAGCUGGGCAUCGGCCAGCUCCUCCUCAUCCUCAGCCGCCUACUGGGGAGAAGAAUCAGAGGGAGACACAGGGACGAUCAAGAGGAGAGGAGGAAAGGACGUAAACGCAGACGCAGAGACGAGUAGCAUCACAUCCACCGGGUCGGAGGAGGCCAAGCAGCUCGGCCGGCCGUCUCCAUCACCCAUCACAGCUGGGGGUAAAGUCUUUCUUUCUCGGAAGGAGGGCCGAUACCGGGAGCCCCCCCCGACUCCGCCCGGCUACACCGCCCUGACCCUCUCCGACCUCGCCGAGGGACAGCACCCGCCACCGCCCGUACCCACGACGACGGUAACCCACUCGAGCCGCCGGCCACCGGACUACACCACGGCUCUGCAGCGCUCGCGGAUGGUGACCCAGUCCCCCGACUCCCACCAGGCCCACCAGGCCACCAAACACCGGGGGGGCAGCCUCCACCGCACCCGCUCCCCCGCAGACGAGCAAGAACCCGACGACGAAGAGGAGGAGGAUGAGCAGGUGUCUGCAGUCUGAGGGGCAGCAUUGGAUGUUGAUUUGUAGGAACUUGAAGCCCCUUGUGCCCCCCUGCCCCCUUCAGAUGGGCUGGAUUAAAGAGACAGACCUACAGACUCGUCAACUCGCUACGUACGUGCCUGCCUCCUCCAGUCGCUGGAUUCUUCGCUCCUCGUCUCCCUCCCCUGCCUUAAAGCAUCAUGGGGGGUUUGAUGACCCUGCAUGCAAAAAAUACUGUGAAGAAGAGACGGAGAGAAGGUCAAAGACAAUGACAAAAUGCCUGGCACUUUGGACAAAUAAAAUAUAAAAAAAACAAAAAACAAACUGAGAGACAGAAAACAGCCGCCUGUUGACGCAGCAGAAUCAUGACGUGUCGAGCUUCAUCUGCACUUUCUCGUUUUCUCUUUUGAAAAGGAAAACCUGAACAAUUAAAGAUCAUCAAAACAAGACUUUUUAUUAAAGACAGAGAGAAAUAGUGAGCGAUUUCAUCAUCUUCAACUUCCCUCUAGAUUUCUUCCCAUGUCUGAUUAUUUUCCUUUAAGUGAUUGCACUCGAGGGGCUGAAAACAGAAACCUGGACUGAAACGACCCGUCUGUUGUUGGAGUGUUUGAACUUUAAACCCAGUAUUAUCUCUUGUUCACGUGUGAACGCGUGUCACUUGUUGGUUUAAAUUAACAAUUGAAGCUAAGAGGAGACUUGAUGUGGAGAACCAUCAUGCAGUAUACUGACAUGCAACUCGUUGUACCUACAAGAUACUCUUAAUUCUUGCACUUUGAGCACAAUUGUAAUGUUUGAUUUGAUUUCCAGGGUAGGAGCGAAGCAUUCAUGUCGCAGCUCGUCUCCUCUGUGUUCCAACACAACACAGUUUUGACCUUUGGGAGAUAAUAGAAAAGCACACUCACUCAAAAUCAUGUAUGAUCGUCUCCCUAACGUUAAACUAAAACCAGGAAUUUAUGAUUAAAACAUAAAUACCUUUCCAUUUUUUUGUCUUGGUAUUGAGAGAUGACAUAGUGCACAUUUCAGGAAGCAUUAUCGGGUAAAGUUGGGAGAAUAUUUCAAAAUAAAAGCAUCCACUGACUCAGAUUAGGCCGUUUUCCGACCUGAACACGCAUCCAGUGAAAGUCCGAGCGCCUUACAUUGCCACGGUUGCAGACAUGUCUUUACACGGUCGUUCACAAUGCAAAUCAAACUGUUCCGGGAUGAAAUGCCUUAUUUCUGAUGCUCCUUUUUUUAAAACAAACAACCAGACUAAAAAGUUUGAGUUUUGUGGUGUUUUUUGUUUAUUUUCUGGACGGUUUGUGGCUUCGGCCCACCGUGUGUUACCGUGUCGUAGAGGAUGUGUUUCCAUCUCUGCUGUUGUGCUUCUUGAUUCAUCCUCAGAAAUACUUCCUGUCUGUUACAAACAUCAGCCUCUGUAUAUCAAAGUUUCCUCCUUAUCUGGCCGUCAGUGGAAGUGACUCAAGAUUUACAUUUGUUUAGUUUUUAUUUUUGACUCCGGUGAAGAAGGUGACAUAUGAAGUAUAAUUAUCAUGUUUUUUCUUUCAAAGCUGCCAAUCGCCACACUUUGAAUAUUGUGAAAAGAAAAUGAACGUUUUGUUUCCUUCUAUCACAGCGUCACACUGAUCACAUUGAUCAGUCCUGGAAGCUACAGACUGAGUAAAUAGAUGAACGACUGCAGUGUUUUCCACUGUGUUCUGUGACUACACAUUAAAUGAUUUCUUCUUUUUGUAACGGCUGCAGAUUGAUUGUUAAUAAUUUGUUUGUAACACAGUUAUGCAUCAUUUACUUUCAUUCAGCUCUGAAGAUAAUGUGCAUAUUAGCGGGUCGAGUCGUAAUUUGAAAAACAAAAAGUUGCACAAAAAUUGUACAAGCAUAAAGAUAAGUGUAGUAGGUAGAACUGCUACUGCGUUCGGUGUGUGAUGUCAGUGAGGUGUGUACAUUUAGCUGGUGACGAACUUCUUUUCUUCAUUCUUUCUUGUACUACUUUAACCUGUAUGUCUUUUAAAAAGACAGUUGGUGGAGUACGUAUCAGUUGUUUUUGUAUUUUUAAUACAAUAAUUGUAAAUAUUGGUUAUAUUUUUGUUCAAAUGUAAAAUGUUUAUGCCUCAACAUCCAGUUUAUAUGAAGCUGGGAAUCAAUAAAUACUGCAUAAAUGCCC